UCACCUAACUUUAUGUAUAUUUACCUCAACAAAACUCAUAACCUACCAAACUAACAUUUCCAAUACCAAACUCCAACCCUCCCUUUACCCACAAAUCUCCCAUCUCAAAAAUCUUCAACAAUGGGCACUGAGGCCAUUUUUGAUAACCAACAAUUCAUUUUCCGCUCCAAACUUCCCGAUAUUUACAUCCCUAACCACCUUCCUCUCCAUACUUAUUGCUUUGAAAACAUCUCUCACUUCAAAGAUAAUCCUUGUUUAAUCAAUGGCGCCACCGGCGAUGUCUACACUUACGCCCAGGUUGAACUCACUUCACGUCGAGUCGCCGCCGGGUUGGAUAAGUUGGGUGUUAGGCAGAACGAAGUUAUUAUGAUUUUGCUUCAAAACUCACCGGAGUUUGUGUUUUCCUUUCUUGGCGCGUCGUUUCUUGGAGCUAUUAGUACGACGGCGAACCCUUUUUACACUCCGGCGGAGAUCAAGAAACAAGCGGCUGCUUCUAAUGCAAAGUUGAUAAUAACACAAGCCAUUUACGUGGACAAAGUUAAGGAAUUCGCUAAAGAAAACAAUAUAAAGAUAAUCACGAUAGAUUCUCCACCGGUUGGUCAAGAUUGUUUACAUUUCUCAGAAUUGAUAAAAGCUGACGAGAAUGAAAUUCCGGCCGUUAAGAUUUACCCCGACGACGUGGUGGCGCUGCCCUAUUCGUCGGGAACUACAGGUUUACCUAAAGGCGUUAUGCUAACGCAUAAAAGUCUGAUCACUAGCGUUGCUCAACAAGUUGACGGAGAGAAUCCGAAUCUUUAUUUUCAUGAAAAUGACGUGAUUCUUUGUCUUCUGCCAUUGUUUCAUAUUUAUUCUCUGCAUUCUGUUUUGCUUUGCGGGUUAAGAGUUGGUGCUGCCAUUCUGAUAAUGCAAAAAUUUGAGAUUAUCUCAUUAAUGGAGCUUGUAGAAAAAUAUAAGGUGACGAUUGCUCCUUUUGUGCCUCCGAUCGUGUUAUCCAUUGCGAAAAGUCCGGUGAUCGAUAAAUAUGAUUUGUCGUCCAUUCGGAUGGUGAUGUCUGGUGCAGCUCCCAUGGGGAAGGAGCUUGAAGAUACAGUUAGGGCUAAGCUUCCUAAUGCUAAACUUGGACAGGGCUAUGGUAUGACAGAGGCAGGACCUGUGCUAUCAAUGUGUUUAGCUUUUGCAAAGGAACCCAUGGAAAUCAAAUCCGGUGCUUGUGGCACUGUCGUUAGAAAUGCCGAGAUGAAGAUUAUUGAUCCCGACUCCGGCGACUCCCUACCGCGAAAUCAAGCCGGAGAGAUUUGCAUCAGGGGUACCCAAAUCAUGAAAGGUUACCUAAAUGACCCUGAAGCUACAGAAAGGAGCAUAGACGGAGAGGGAUGGUUGCACACGGGUGAUGUAGGGUACAUCGAUGAUGAUGAUGAGCUAUUCAUCGUUGAUCGAUUAAAAGAAUUGAUCAAGUACAAUGGUUUCCAAGUAGCCCCGGCAGAGCUUGAAGCAAUCUUGAUUUCCCAUCCUAGUAUAUCUGAUGUUGCCGUCGUACCUAUGAAAGAUGAGGCAGCAGGGGAGAUUCCGGUUGCAUUUGUUGUGAGAUCAAAUGGUUCUAACAUCACUGAGGAUGAUGUCCAACAAUACAUUUCAAAACAGGUUAUUUUUUAUAAGAAAAUAAGACGGGUUUUCUUCACAGAUUCAAUCCCUAAAGCUCCAUCAGGUAAAAUUUUGAGAAAAGAUUUAAGAGCAAUACUUGCUGCUGGUGUUCCUAAUUAGUCUCAAAACAACAGAAAAAUGGAGAAACGUUGGUGUAAUUAAUGUGUUUUUAUUUGCAAUUUUUGCACCUAAUUUCUGUGAUGUAACUCAGAAGUGUUGAUUUCUUUUAAUGUGUUGGUUAAGUACUUAUGAUGUAAUUUAAUUAGGUUUCUCUUUUUCUAAGGAAAAUGAUAAAAGAGAUGACUUCGUAGUGUGUAUGAUUUUUAAA